AAUAUAUAGGAAGGCCGGUAUUUUUUUCCAUAAUGUGCAACUCUAGCGGCUCACUAAAAUGAGCAUUGGCCUGGGGUGAUGUCUGAGCCCCCAAAUAAAUCCGGCUUUCUGGGACUCCCUAUACAAACACUAUUUGUAAUGGCUUCCAAGGCUCAGUACAACAACAGGAAGCCCUGGUUACAGUUGUACAAUGCAGUGACCCCAUUGUGGGAAAGGCCAGAGGGGGGGGGGCUGUCCUCCUGAAACUGGAGUGAAAUGCAGGCAAUUGGCAGCAGGCCCGAGCACUGUCUAUGGAGAGUGUGUGCAACUGCAGCUGGAUGCGGAUCAGUCAGUUGGCCGGUGAUUAUCAGUGUAUAUAGAAAUGUCCUUUGUACGUGAUGAAUCCAGCCACCCCCGCGGGAACAUGGACCGUCCCACACACCGGAUACAAGCCUGGUACAGGGGCUGCUGCACAUAGCGCUUCCCGCUGUAGAUGAAUCGAUUAAAAGCGGCUCUACUGCCGGGUGGUUGCAGUGGGUUACUGCGCUAGUACAUAAACAAAAAGCGAAUCCCUCAUCCCCUGUGCCAGCAGCAUAUAGUAUUUAGCUGUGUCUCUGCUGCAUUGUAUAUCCUGGCAAUUGAGCGCUAGGCUAAGCCGUGAAGAGACUGACGGCUCCCAGCAUUGUCACACGCAGGAUACCCCCCCCCAAUCGACUCUUCCUUUUGCCUCGGAUUUAAUGACGCGCAUGCGCGUUGCGCCGCUCCCGUGCACUCCUUUUCCACAGCCCGCGCGCGCGCCGCCCCUCAGCUGAAGCACUUCCCGCCACUGGGCGCGCGAGACAGGAACCGGAGAGAGAAAGUGGCAAGCGCGUGCGUGAGACCCGCAUCAACCCCGCCCCCACCUUAUACACCGAGGGGAGAAAGAGAGGCCGCGAGCGCCGCUGUACCACACACACAUAUACACAGAGAGAGAGGCCGCGGCCUGGCCUGAUUUUCCCACUCGGCGACGCGCGGCGUUUGUGUACGGAGAGCGGAGUAGGCCGCGCACAGGGGAGCGAGAGGCCCGGAUACGUGUGUAGCGGUGUCGGCCUUCCGUGUCCAGAGACUGCUGUUGUUACUAACGGGACGGAGAGCGGGGAGAGUCGCUGCUGCUGCCUGGGGACCAGUGUGUGUGUGUGAGAGACAAAGCGCUGCCCUCACGCGGCGGGGAACAUGGAGUCCUCCUGGCCGAGCCCCUAGCCGCUUCCUCUGUGCCGAAUAUGGGCGCCCGGCCGCCGCCGCCUCCUCCUGCCCUGUGACACCGGGGCCCCUCCGUGCGUGUGUGGGACUGGGGCCGCUAUGUGACUCCCUGUGAGCGGGAUGUAGUGGCGAAGCAGCACCGACUGCCCGUGUGGAAUCGCCUUUCUUUGGAAUACGGCGGAGGCCGCGCUCUGGAGGCUGCAAUGAACCCGGUGACUGCCACCUCCCUGUACAUCUCAGCGAGCCGCCUGGUGCUCAACUACCACCCCGGGGAUCCUCAGGCCUCCGCCGAGAUCUGCAAGAUGCUGCCCUAUUUCCGCCAGGCCUUGGCCUGCUGUGUGUGUGGAAAAUUGCUGGAAGAUCCCAUUGCACCCGUCAACUCAACCUGCCAGCACUAUGUGUGUAAGCCGUGCAAGGGUAAGAAGAUGGUGAUGAAACCUUCUUGCAGCUGGUGCAAAGACUAUGAGCAGUUUGAGGAGAACAAGCAACUGAGCAUCCUGGUGAACUGUUACAAAAAGCUGUGCGAAUAUAUCACGCAAACGCCGCUGGCACAGGACAUAUUAUUAAAUACAGUCGAGUGUUCUGCAGACAUUUUAGCUUUUCUUCCUGAAGAACCUCCAGCUGAGGAAGAACAGGAAGUCCCCUCAGAACCAUCCUCCCCUUUGUGUCCCUCACAUUCUCCAUUGGCAACGAAAUCUGAAAAUGGCUCCGAAUCUGAAGCAACCAUCUGUCAGCUACCACAAGACAGACCUAGUAUUGAGCCAGAGUUCUUGCUCUCUAAUGGAUUACCCAAUUGCAAUGGGCUGUCUGAAACUGAACUCCCUGUAAAUAUCCCCUCCCCUGAAAGUCCCAGUCCAAUGGACCUCUGUUGCACAGCAGUUGACAUAAAAACAGAAGACCUAUCGGAGAGCUUAGAUACGGUCUGUGAUCCAGUCUCCGCUAGUGACUUGUGUGCCGCAGGACUUGAUAUUUGUGGCUAUAAUGAUGAUCUUAAAAGUGGUGGCCCGUUGUUGCUGAGCGUGGAAGAAGUCCUGCAGAGCUUAGAGAGCGUUUCAAAUUCAGAGGUCAAUGACUGUGAUUUGCAACACAGUCUGGACAACACAACGUCUAACGGGGCUUUCUUGGAACUCUGUCCCCAACCCUUAACUCACACUGUUUUGCUGUCUGACAGCCACGCUCCAGCACAUGGGAUCUCCUGUACCGCCGCCACCCUAAAAAUGGUAAAGACGCAUCGCAAGCGAUCCCGUUCCGAAAGUGACAGUGAGAAGGUGCUUCCGUUACCGAUCUCUAGCAUCAUACUUGGGCCAACUCUGGGAUCUCCUGCACCUCUGUUAUUGACGCGGGAAAACAGGAACUUUUUGCAGCCGAUGGCAACUGUCCCCAAUGGGGGUAGCUCACCCAAAAUCAGCAAAACCAUUCUCUUGUCUAAUAAAAACUUGAAAAAGAAUCCGGAGCAUGGUCCCAAGAAACCCCAUCAAAAAUCGAAACCGGCCUUGCUGAAAACGAAAGACAAGGUAAAGGAAAAAAUCUUCUCCAACAAUGUGAUGCCCGGGAGUCCCACCAAAACUGUAUAUAAAAAGCCGCAAGAGAAGAAAGGCUGCAAAUGUGGACGUGCGACCCAAAAUCCAAGUGUUCUUACGUGCCGAGGACAGCGAUGUCCUUGCUAUUCAAAUCGCAAAGCCUGUCUGGACUGCAUUUGCCGUGGCUGCCAAAACUCAUACAUGGCAAACGGAGAGAAGAAGCUGGAGGCAUUUGCAGUUCCAGAAAAGGCUCUGGAGCAGACCAGGCUUACGCUGGGCAUUAACGUAACGAGCAUUGCUGUGCGAAACGCCAGCACAAGCACCAGUCUCAUCAACGUCACAGGGUCCCCUGUAGCAACUUUUUUAGCUGCCAGUCCCCAUGACGACAAAAGCUUAGACGAAGCUAUAGAUCUUCGAUUCGACUGUUAAAUGGGACGGCUGUUCCCUGACUUGAACAAAGCAGGCGAAUGGCAAGCAGUUUUUUGGCAGCUAUAGAUCUGUUUGGUUAACUUUGCCGGAACUUCAGCAUAUAGGUCACUUGUAUCAAGUGUGUUCAUUGCUAAGUUAUGUGUUCUUUGUAUGUGAGGGCCGGGAGGGAAGGGGCAGUGGGGUGGGACACGAAAAAGAGUUUGGUGAUAAGAGAAAUUGUAACCCUAAAUUCUGUAUGUCUUUGUUUUUCCUCUACUUCAGUUCCCAUGUUUGAAGCACCUGAUUUAUAGAAAACAACCUUUGGCAAAAAGCGCAACCACAAAAAUAACAUCUGUCAUGAAUUCUUUGUAA